AGCAUCUCGAGCGAUAGACAAAGCUGUUCACGAUGGUGUACGAAAGAGAGGCCUACAUAGCGAGAUUGGCGGUGCAAAAGGCUUCGCUGUUGACGAAAGCAGUCUCAGAAGAGGUUCUAGCUCAUAGGGCUUCAAACACAAUCACCAAGGAUGAUAAGUCCCCAGUGACCAUUGGUGACUUCUCUGCACAGGCCGUCAUCAUCAACGCCAUCAAGCAUAACUUCCCUGACGACGAGGUUGUCGGCGAGGAGGACUCCAAGGACUUGCAAGAGAACAGCACGCUGGCCUCGAAGGUUCUCGCAACCCUGCAAGCUAAUGAUGAGCAGUACUCCAAGUUCAUUGGUGUUGAUGAUGCCGAGGAGCACCGAUUACUCGGUGCCUCCUUCAAGGAUCUGGACCAGGUGAGCUCUGUGAUCGAUAUGGGGAGCUCUGAGGGUGGUAACACAGGCAGAAUCUGGGCAUUAGACCCAAUUGACGGCACUAAGGGUUUCCUGAGAGGUGAUCAGUAUGCGGUUUGUCUUGCGCUCAUUGUUGAUGGAGUUGUGCAAGUUGGUGUCGUUGGUUGUCCAAACUUGCCAGACAACUUCACAUCUCCAAGCUAUAAAGGAGGCCUGUUCACGGCCAUCAAGGGCCAAGGCUCAUACUACUCCAAAUUGUUCGACAGAGUUGAUGAAAACCUUUCAAAGAGUGAACAGAUCAAGAUGAAGAACGAUUUACAAUCAGCAUCGGAAAUCACAGUGUGCGAAGGAGUCGAGAAGGGCCAUUCCUCGCACGACGAGCAAUCGAGGAUCAAACAGUAUCUCGGCAUCCCACAGACACAGACUUUGAACUUGGACUCGCAGGUCAAAUACUGCUGUCUUUCAAAAGGUUUAGCUGAGUUAUACCUGAGAUUACCAGUCAGUGCUACCUAUAGAGAAAAGAUCUGGGACCAUGCUGCUGGUAACAUCCUCAUCACUGAAAGUGGUGGUGUUGUCAGCGAUAUGCAUGGGAACCCUCUGAACUUUGGAGAAGGUCGCUAUCUGAACAGCUCAGGUGUGAUUGCCGGCUCUAAACAGUUCCAUUCAAAAGUUAUCGAAGCAAUCAAGGCCGUGAUUGAGUGAGCCACCAUUGUACGUGCACAUAUAUUUGUUGUUCUAAAUAAUCAAUCUCUAGACCCUCUUAUUGAUGUACUUGUUUGCUCUUUCAAUGAUGGCCAGCUCAUCGGAUACCAACUGCGAAGCCAUUCUUUCGUACGAGUUCUUGGACUUUCUAUACCUGGCGUAGUCAUCGUUGUAUAGCUGUCUUCUCUCAUCAACCAAUUCCAAUAGAAUCUUGUAGGCCUUCUUACUGGACAUUGUCAACACCUGUGGAUUGAUCUUGGCCUUCUUCACGAGAAACUUCUGUAGUUCGGCAGAGUUCAACGAUAACAGUCUUACCAAUGCGUAUGUCAGCUGUGAAGGCUCACCACUGUGCUGUAGCCUCAUCUCCAUGGUCCAUGAAGGAACAUCGUCGUGGUCUUCUUCACCACAGCAGCCAUCUUCACAGCCAUCUCCACAGCCAUCGUCACAGUCACUCUCACAA